AUGAGUGUGAUAUGUGUGGCAUUCAAUCCUGUGGAUGACAAUUACUUUAUAAGUGGAUCGAUUGCUGGCAAAGUCCAUGGAACAUUUCUGAGAUUGGUUCAUUAUGUGUUGGAUCCAUUGCAACAAGUUGUUGACGAUGGAUGUCAUCUGACGAGGCACGCAGGAGAUUACAUUUCAGAAGCCCGGUUCAAUGGCGGUGCUGAUAUAAACAAGGUCUCUCUUUCUAGCUUUUGGCGUACAUAA